UUAGGGUUCUUCUCUCCGACUACGUAACCGCCAUUGAAGAUUGAAGAUAACAUGGAUCCAUUGCCUGAGAUGUAUCUGAAUAAGAAGAAGGCUGUGUUGAUUGGAUUGAAGCACCCAGACCCGCAGAUGAACAGUGUCGAUGUGAAAGGGCAGAUAUUGAGGAUGAAAGAGAACCUCAUGAAACUGCGUGGGUUUUCAGAGGAUAACAUCACCCUCAUGAUUCAGGAGGAAGAAGAAGAAGAAGAAGCGAUCAACACACCCACUGGCAGAAACAUUGGAAUUAUGCUAGGCUCGCUGGUUCGGUCUGCUAAGCCAGGUGACAUCCUCUACGUCCACCUCAUAGCCUAUGGCUGUUCUGAUGGUUGUAUUAUUACCGCUGAUAAAUAUCACCUCCGUGAAAAUCGUUUCAGGGGAUUUAUAGUUUCAGCCCGCCGAAAGGGUUGUAAUCUGACCAUGGUAUCUGAUUGCCUGAUUGAACCUGCUGCGUGUUCUUGUUCAUUUCCUAUAAAAAAACCAACACUGUUCCAAGUUUUGAUGGAAAGACAACCUAAAAAGGAGGAUCUUUUCCCUGUGAGACAUGAUCUUUCCACUAUGGAUCUUAAAAAAACUUUGCAACGCACCGACUUGUGUUCUGUCGAUGUCCGCAACCCCAUUGAGGAGACUGAUGAUGAUGAUUUACCUCGUGUAAUUCUGUUGAUGCCUUUCCGACGUGAUCAAAACACCCCCAGCCCUAUUCAGUCAAGGCCUCAAACUGGCCCUCUUAAUGAGAAGUUUCCAUCUGAAUUAUUCUUUCCCCCAUCACCAAAGGGAGGAGCUUCUUCCACAACCACUUCUCCUCCGCACACAUUAUACGGUGGUUUUACCAAUGCCAUACUCGAUGUAAUUGAAGAGACUCAUGGUGAAGUCACAAACUUACAGCUCGCUCAAAAGGCUAUGGAGAAACUUGGAGGAGAAGUACCUAGUCUCCGAUGCAAUGACCCCAACCACGCUUAUGCUUCUUUUGUGUGCUGA